CUGUGGGUGCUCCACCUCCAGAAGCCUGUGGUUCUCAGGGCUCGCCCAGGAGACCCGGAAGGCAGCCUGGACUCCAGCAUCCCUGAGUUCGCCUCCCAGUGCAGCGAGAGCCUCACCGCGGCCAGGUAGCGCAGCGCUGCUCCACGCCCGCCCAGGGCCAGGACAAUGCUCCCACUGUACCCGAAGGUGAAGCCCAACCCGCUGCAGAAAGCAAACCUCUGCUCGCGCGUGUUCUUCUGGUGGCUACACCCCUUGUUUAAAAUUGCUCACAAACAGAGAUUAAAAGAAGAUGACAUGUACUUGGUGCUUCUGGAAGAUCGCUCCCAGUGCCUUGGAGAAGAGCUGCAAGGGUACUGGGAUCAAGUUGAGAGAGCCCAGAAAGACGCACAGGAGUCCUCUUUAAUGAAAGCAAUCAUAAAGUGUUACUGGAAAUCCUAUUUAGCUUUGGGAAUGUUAACAUUUCUUGAGGAAGGCACCAGAGUAGUUCAACCCAUACUUUUGAGGAGGAUUAUUAGUUAUGUUGAAAACUACCAUCUUGCCGAUUCUGCCGCUUUGCAUGAAGCCUACACCUAUGCAACAGGGCUGAGCACCUGCAUGCUCGUGUGGGCCGUUCUGCACCACUUGUACUUCUUUCACAUUCAGCGCGUGGGGAUGAGGCAAGUAGCCGUGUGCCAUAUGAUCUACCGCAAGGCCCUUCGCCUGAGUAGCUCGGCCAUGAGGAAGACCACCACAGGCCAGAUAGUCAACCUGCUGUCCAACGAUGUGAACAGGUUUGAUCAGGUAACGAUGUUCUUGCACUAUCUGUGGGUGGGGCCACUGCAGGCUAUCGCAGUGACUGCCCUACUCUGGAUGGAAAUAGGAAUAUCAUGUCUUGCUGGGAUGGUGGUUCUAAUUAUUCUUAUGCUUUGGCAAAGCAGCUUCGGGAUGUUAUUUUCAUCUCUUCGGAGUAAGACUGCAGCUCCCACAGACAACAGGAUCAGGACUAUGAGUGAAGUUACAACUGGCAUCAGAAAAAUAAAAAUGUGUGUUUGGGAAGAGUCACUUGACAGCCUUAUUUUCAAUAUGAGAAAUAAGGAAAUAUAUAAGAUUCAGAGAAGUUCCUGCCUUCGGGGAAUGAAUUUGGCAUCAUUUUUCGCUGUGAGCAAAAUCAUGAUUUUCAUCACCUUCCUCACCAACGUGCUGCUUGACAACGUGAUCACAGCCAGCCAAGUGUUUGUGGUGGUGACGCUGUUCAAGGCUCUGCGAUUUUUGAACACCCUCUACUUCCCCAUGGCUAUUGAGAAGUUGGCAGAGGCUUUUGUCAGCAUCCGAAGAAUCAAGAACUUUCUAUUACUUGAUGAGAUACCACAGCUCCUCCCUCAUCUGCCAUCAGAUGGUAAAACGAUUGUGAACAUGCAAGAUUUCACUGCUUUUUGGAAUAAGGCAUCAGAAACCCCAACCCUCCAAGGCCUUUCCUUUACUGUCAGACCUGGUGAACUGUUAGCUGUGGUCGGACCCAUGGGAGCAGGAAAGAUAAGUUGUGAUUCUUCACUGUUAUUUGCUCUGCUGGGGGAGCUGCCCCUGAGCCAGGGGAAGGUCAGCGUGCUCUGGAGGAUCACAUAUGUUUUUCAGCAGCCCUGGGUGUUUCCAGGAACUGUGAAGAGUAGCAUUUUAUUUGGGAUGAAAUAUGAACAGGAACGAUAUACAAAAGUAAUAAAGGCUUGCACUUUAGAAAAGGAUUUACAGCUUUUGAAAAAUGGAGAGAGAACUGAGAUAGGAGAUGGAGGAACCCCGCUGAGUAGAAGCCAGAAAGCCCAGGUCAGCCUCGCAAGAGCUGUGUAUCAGGACACAGAUAUCUACCUUCUGGAUGAUCCGCUUAGAGCAGUGAACACAGGAGUCAGCAGACACUUGUUCGAACAGUGUAUUUGUCAAGCCUUGCAUGAGAAGAUCACAAUCUUGGUGCCUCAUCAGCUGCAGUACCUCCCCUUCUCUUCUUCUUUUAUUAUGUUGAGGUAUGGCAGAAUUAUGCAAAAGGGGACUUAUGCUGAGUUUCCAAAAUCUGGGGUAGAUUUUGAAGAUAUUCUAUUAAAGAAAGAGAAUGAAGGGGCUGAAUCAUCUCCAGGUCCAGGAACUGCCAUUCUAAGGAAUCAGAUCUCCUUUGAGUAUUCAGUUCGGUCUCAAGAGGCUUCCAAAUCCUUGUUGAUAGAUGCUUCUCAUGAGGACGAAGAGACUGAGAAUUUACAGGUUGCACAAUCACAGGAGAGCCCUUUGAAGAGAAAAAUUGGUUUUGAGACCUACAAGGAUUAUUUCACAAAUGAAACUCGCUGGUCUGUCAUUAUUUUCCUUAGUCUAGUAAACAUCGCAGCUCAGGUUGCCUACGUCCUGCAGGAUUGGUGGCUUUCAUACUGGUGAGUGAUUCCUGCAAAUUAACAGAGUGCCCUGCAUGACACACUAUUUGAAAAAGGAAAUGUAAUUGUGACAUUUGAUCCUGACUGGUACUUUAUAGUUUAUUCAGUUCUAACUGUAGGGACCAUCCUUUUUGGCAUCUUACGAUCUCUGUUGAUGUUCUAUGUCCUUCUUAAGUCUUCAAAAACUGUCCAUGAAGAUAUGGUGGUGACCAUUUUGAGAGUUCCAGUAUUGUUCUUUGAUAGAAGUCCAAUAGAUAAAAUUUUAAAUCAUUUCUCCAAUGACACUGGGCACAUGGAUGACUGGCUGCCCCAGAUAAUUCAGGAGUUCAUCCAGGCAUUUCUUCUUGUGAUUGCUGUGGUGGGUGUGAUGGUGAUGGUGAUUCCUUAGAUUUUGAUCCCCCUGAUCCCCCUUGGCAUCAUUUUCUAUGUUCUCUGGCAAUAUUUCUCAGAAACAUCACGUGAUGUGAAACAUCUGGAAUGUGCAACACGGAGCCCAGUAUUUUCCCACUUAUCAUCUUCUCUCCAGGGACUCUGGACCAUCCGGGCAUACAAAGCUGAACAAAAGUUUCAGAAACUGUUUGAUGCACACCAGGACUUGCAUUCAGAGGCUUGGUUCCUGCUUUUGACGAUGUCCCAAUGGCUCACUGUGUAUCUGGAUGUCAUCUGUGCCAUCUUUGUCACUGUUGUUGCCUUUGUGUCCUUGAUUCUGGCAGAAAGUUCCCUCUGCUGCGUACCUGUCCCAGGCCCUGUCACCCCAGGACACCUCUUUGGUGUUGGAUUUGAUGAGAGGCUUCUGCUAGGGGUUGAAGGGAAGGGAGUUUUGGAUUCAGGGAGACUGGAAGAACAUGAUGAACCGUUUGUUUUGCUGCAAAAUAGAGACAGCCUGUUUUACAAGAUGGUGCAACAAGUGGGCGAGGUGGAGGCUGCUGCCCUCACUGAAAGAGCAAAACAGGUUCCCCCAGACUUCUUACAACUUGUAAAUUGUUUACAGCCCCCCAGCCACGAGAGUCAUGAAGCUUAG